AUGACUGACACCAAUGAAACCGCAGCUGCUGUGUCUCAAAAUGGCUACUCCUCUCCUUCACCCAGUAUCCCCAACGGCAAACCUGCAUCUCCCUACGUGAAGGAAAGCAACCCAAUGGGACAAAAUGCUGCACAAACAGUCACCUCCAAAGACCCUAAAGCUGCGGCUGCAGCUGCCAACGACAUGCGGAAUGUGGUCAGAAGAAAAUUGACAGGAUAUGUUGGUUUUGCCAAUCUUCCCAACCAAUGGCACCGAAAGAGUGUCAGAAAGGGAUUCAAUUUCAACGUCAUGGUUGUCGGUGAAUCGGGGUUGGGCAAGUCCACACUGAUCAACACCUUGUUCAACACUUCCCUCUAUCCUCCACGCGAACGCAAAGGCCCAAGCCUGGACAUCAUCCCGAAGACUGUAUCAAUCCAGUCCAUCAGCGCCGAUAUUGAGGAGAAUGGAGUUCGCUUGCGCCUCACAGUUGUUGAUACCCCUGGCUUUGGAGAUUUCGUCAACAAUGACGACUCGUGGAGGCCGAUCGUGGAAAACAUUGAACAAAGAUUUGACGCCUAUCUCGAAGCAGAGAACAAGGUGAACCGGAUGAACAUUGUUGACAACAGAGUUCACGCGUGUGUCUACUUCAUCCAGCCAACUGGCCAUUCUCUGAAGCCUUUGGAUAUUGAGGUUAUGCGCCGCUUGCACACCAAGGUCAACCUGAUCCCUGUCAUUGCAAAGGCUGAUACCCUGACGGAUGAGGAGGUCGCUAUGUUCAAGCAACGAAUCCUUGCCGACAUCCAACACCAUUCUAUCCAAAUAUUCGAGGGCCCACGUUACGAGCUGGACGAUGAGGAAACGAUUGCCGAGAAUCAAGAAAUAAUGUCCAAAGUCCCAUUCGCUGUGGUCGGUGCCAACUAUGAAGUGACCAACCCCGAGGGAAGAAAAGUGCGCGGACGUCGCUAUCCUUGGGGUAUCAUUGAAGUGGACAACGAGGAACACUGCGAUUUCGUGAAGCUGCGCCAGAUGUUGAUCCGAACUCAUAUGGAGGAACUCAAGGAGAACACAAACAAUGUUCUGUAUGAGAACUACAGAUCUGACAAGCUCAUCCAGAUGGGUGUUUCACAAGACCCCAGUGUGUUCAAAGAGGUCAAUCCUGCAGUGAAACAAGAGGAAGAGAGGACACUCCACGAACAGAAGCUGGCCAAGAUGGAGACAGAAAUGAAGAUGGUGUUCCAGCAGAAGGUUCAGGAGAAGGAGAGCAAGCUCCAACAAAGUGAAGAGGAGCUAUUCGCUCGUCAUCGCGAGAUGAAAGAACAAUUGGAGCGACAACGCGCCGAACUUGAGGAGAAGAAAGCCCGUAUCGAACAAGGCAGGCCUAUUGAGAAGGAAGGGAAGAGAAAGGGCUUCUCGCUCCGAUAA